CACAAGCCGCCUUCUACCAUACGAGUACCCAAGAAGGAAACACAUUGUAGAGACCUUGAGAGCACAAGCAAAACAAUGGCGGACUUCGCACUUGGGCUGACCAAGACGGCGGUGGAGGGGACGCUGAGCAGGGUAAAGUCGGCGAUAGAGGAGGAGGCCAAGCUCAAGGAGAAGGUGCACCAAGACCUGGUGUUCAUCAUCGGCGAGUUCCAGAUGAUGCAAUCCUUUCUGGAGACCGCCAAAUGGGAGCGUGCCAAGAACAAGGUGGCAAACACAUGGGUGCGGCAGCUCCGCGAGCUGGCCUUCGACGUGGAGGACUGUGUUGAGUUCGUUGUCCACCUGGACAAGGACUCUGCAUGGUGGUGGCGUGUGGUGCCUUCCUGCAUGGCACCACCACGGCACCUAGACGAGGCGGCCGCUGAGAUAAAGCAGCUCAAGGCCAGGGUGGAGGAUGUAAGCCAUAGGAACAUGCGCAACAACCUCAUCAGUGAUUCUGGCUCCCACUCGAAGAUCGUCAUGCCGAUGGCCCCGGCGGCCACCACCUCCAGCCCAUUAGCAUUCGACAACCUACGCCAAGUGUGGGAGGCUGCUGGGAAGAUACGUGACACCGGGGACCUUCAAGAUUUGAUCAGGCAUGAAGACAGUGACCUUCGAGUGAUAUCGGUAUGGGGAAGUACAGGAGAUGAUCUUGGAAUGACGUCCAUCUUCAGCAAGGCGUAUUGUGGCAAGAAAAUCAGCCAAGAAUUCAAAAGCCGUGCAUGGGUAAAGCUCAUACAUCCUUUUAACCCUGAAGAAUUCCUCAAGAACUUGCUGACUCAGUUCUACGAGAGCUCUCACCAAGCAAACGUAGAUGUUGGUCAUCUCAACAAGGCCCAGCUCAUGCAACAAGUGAUGGAACACAAGUAUCUCAUCAUCGUCGAAGGAGUAUCCACCGUGGUAGAGUGGAAUGCUAUUAAAAUGUAUCUUCCAAACAACAAGAAAGGCAGCCGGAUCCUUGUCUCGACGCAGGACUUAGGGAUUGCACUUCAAUCUCCUGGGGAGCCCUACCUAGUAUCAGAGCUCGGGCGGUUUUCGGAUGGAAAAUCACUUUGUGCCUUUUUCAAGAGGGUAAGUCCAUAAGCCUGGAACAAAAUCAACUACUUACAUUAAAGUUAAAUUAUGUCAUAAGAGCAUGCAGAUUUUAUUUUUUGCUCUAUAUACUACUCGGACUCCAGAGCAUAAUUAAGUUCUAAUUAAAAAAACACCAAAUUAUGUCUAUAAUUUACCUCAUACUUUUACCAUUCUUCCUAGAGAUAUGUUAAUUUAAUUGUUUUUUUCUGGCCGAAAUCUUGAAUUAAAUAUUUAUGUGGUUACUACAUUAACUAUUACAAAUAUCUAUUGCUUAUAUUCUUUAAUAUCUCCUGUAUAUAUUAUUGCCUGAGUUGCAUAGAUGUCAUCUAGAUCUAAAUAUGGGACUAUAUGGUGGAAUUAAUAUUUUAUUUAACCCAAAUGAUAACGCCCACAUGUGUGGCAAGUUUACACUUCACCCACACGCGUUGAUCUUCGUCUGUUAUGUUUUGCACGAAUCAUGAAGAAAUCUGUUGGAAUUUCAAUGCCAUGUAGGCAUAGCGUGUUGUGUGGGCAUUAGAGUGCUCGCCCACACGAACCGAAGUGCGCGGUUGCCAGCUGCGUCACGUGGGCGAACCAGUUCCCGCACACACAGUCACCAUCCAUUCCAUGCGCGUGUGGGUGAACUGUUCUUCACCCACACGACCCCGUACGGUGAUAGAUAGCAAUUGCA